ACCAUGGCUUUUGCGGUGAAAUUUGCAAAAACUGUGCGAAAUCACUGGAAGAAGUCAUUAUUUGCCGCUGCCCUGGUCACUUAUGGAGCAUCUUACGCCAAUGACACCAUCAAAAUCAACAGCCUGAUGAGGCAAUAUUGCCUGGAAGCGUCAGCUUCCGGAGACAUUGCGAUGCCGAUGACACGUCCUCUGAAAGAAGUGCUCGUCCUGCUAAAUCCGGCCGCCAAUAGACGCUCGGCUGAGGAGACGUUCAAGAAAUACUGCGAACCAAUUCUCCAUUCAGCCGGAUUUCUGGUCAACAUCGUCAAAACAGACUCCGAGGGACACGCUCGGCGGUACAUUGAAGCCCUGACACAAUACCCCAAUGCAAUAGUGGUGGCAGGAGGCGACGGGACACUCUCGGAAGUCAUCACGGGCGUCAUGAGGAACACGGGCAGCAACGAAGGCACUCCAAUUGGGAUUCUUCCUCUUGGGCGAACCAAUGCUUCCUGCACUCAAGUCCACAAACUGAAUCGCGUGGAAAAGGCUCGUGAACUGGCAGAGGCUGCAAUAUCUGUGGUUCGGGGAAAUGUAUCCAAAAGACACGUGAUGAAGAUCGAGGUUGUGGCUCCCGAUGAGGAGGAGCAUCGCCGACCCGUCUUUGCGGUUGGCUCUUUCCAAUGGGGCGCCUUCAGAGACAUCCUAAGUCUGCGAGACCAAUACUGGUAUGUUGGUCCACUGCGAGAGUAUCUCGCUUUCCUCGUGAAUGCCUUCAGUGCGAAGCCGACGUGGGAAUGCGAAGCUCAUAUGAAAUACACGCCGCCGUGUCCAGGAUGUCUCAAUUGCAGGACAGAGACGAAGAGAGUCCUCGCGCAGAAGGAUAAAUGGUGGAGUAGAUUCAUUCCUCGAAGCACUGUCAGCGCUUCUCCUGCAACAGGAGAUGAUUUUGCAAAGAUCAUCAACGAAUCGUGCACCAAAGAGUACACAAUUGAUGGAAAUCAUUCUGAAGUCAUCAUAGAGACUUCCGAACCAAUGACAGCAGGAAGUCUGCAAAUUAAACUAUCAGAAUUGGAGAAUUCAUCAUUCUCCUUCAUAUACAACAGCUGGAAGCGCGUGCAGAGCAAUCCAUCAGCCUCCACUGCACAGAGAGCGUCAAUCGACGCGAGAACCGUUGAGAUUCUGCCAGAGAAGAAGGAAUCCGCCAAGGAAAAGUACUAUUCAAUCGACAAUGAGGAGUAUGACGUGAAACCGAUAAAAAUUACGCUUCUUAAGCACGCAAUUAACAUGUUUAUGCCUCAAGCUUCAUAAGAAUAAAGAUCAAAUUCCUGUUUGCCCCUCCA